UUAGUCGAACGUUUCAUCACAUGUCAGUUUCUUCACGAUGCCAAUACGUGUUACGCCGUUCGGCCAGAAAAGAAUCAAUAUCAACUUCAUCAAGAUUGCCUGAAAACACGCGUUUGUCAUCUUUUGUUGAGAAAAUUUGCUCCACUACUAUGUUUGGAUUCCAAGGGUCAGGACGUAAAGAUGGAAAGGAGCCCACGAUUGAGACACCACACAAAGUCCCACAGUGAAAGGAUUUCCGAUUCAGAGCUCAGCACAGAAACCAACAGCCUCUCUGCAGAGUCAAAUAAUGACAAUGGCAGAUCACCUGUGAAAUCAACACCAUCUGGAUUAGACCUACACCAGGUCAAGUCAAAGCAGCGAAGAAGAGGUGCAGAGUGGGAAAUCAUCGAUAGCUUCAAAGGCCUCCAAACGGUAGAUCAAGUACCCCUCAAACUUGAAGGUGUUCUUCUCAAAAAACGAAAAUGGCCCCUGAAAGGAUGGCACAAGAGAUACUUUGUACUAGAUAAAGGCAGUUUGAUGUAUGCUAAACGCUCAGCUGAUUUAGCUCGUGGCAAACCCCACGGCUCUGUUGAUUUAGGACUAUCAGUGAUAUCGGCUAAGAGACGUCGAUGUCGCAUCGACAUUGACGCAGAAGUAUUUAUUUAUCAUAUCAAGGUUAAAUCACGAGAAGAGUUUGGACGAUGGUUAGAGGCCUUGAAAGAGCAUCGUCAAUUCCGUCAGCAUCAAUUGCACACCCGGGAUUCAGCUCAGAAGAUGGUGGCUUCUCCGGUGCUAUCUCCUGGCAGUCGGGACGAGAUGAGCCCAACGGGAGGCGGUGGCCUUCACGUAUCGAGCAGUUUUGGCACAGCAGAAAGUCUGAUGCCCAUUUCACGGGAAGGCUCGCUGAUGCGGAACUUGAAACCAUCCAGAGCAAACAUGCUGCUCAGCGAAAGUUCUGCAGCAUUGGAGCAAUUGAACAAUGACAUUGUUUCUGCUCAGGAGAGGCUCAUUCACCUGGUCAAGUGCGCCGGAGCGUGGAGCCACUCGUCCGACAGUCAGUCGACGACGGGAAAUAUCUCACCAGCCACUAAAAAGGAUCGAAAGAAAUUUGUUUUGAGGCGCAAAAAGAACAAAUCCAAUACUAGCACUAACUCGGCUGAGCCACCUGCUUCUGCUUCCAUGUCUGAAUCCGAGUCGGCAAAUAUCAACAACGCUGCUCUCAACGAUAAGCACUCUCCACUCAGCUGUAGCAUCCCGUCCCUCUCGCCAUCGAUGAACGGCUCUUCGGCGACUGAAAUGUUGGCACCGCCCACGUCUGACUCCAACAUGCUCUCGCCAGCCGAUCCAGGCCACGAUUUUCUGAAUGGGGCUCAAGAUCUGAUUGGGCGGCUCACAACGUGUUUACGCACUUUGAAUCACGAACGAGAGCGACUCAAGUUGGUCAUUGAAACGGCAACAGAGACGUCGUCCAUAUCUUCUCGUAACGGAGCGACUUUGCAGCGUGACGCUGGCGUUGCAGUUCCUAGCAUGGUUGCCUCUCUUCGCUGUGCUCUACACGUGGCCGUCCAGCAGAACAACGAAUUGCGUGCCCGUCUGCAGAAGAUUCGGAGUGAAGCCGAGGUGGCCAUUGAGGGCCCCAACUUGACCAUGUCCCUGGAACUGGAUUUGAACGCUUCAGCCCGACUGGGCCACCAUUCUCUCUCUUACAGUAGCUCAUGCGUCAGCCAAUCAGAGUUCUUUGAUGCCAAGGAGUACCUGACCGACGUAGCCGUCAGCGAUUCAUCUUCUGACGCCAGUGAAACGGAAAUGGAAGGCGAAAACGAGGCGGAAGAGGAAGGCAGUGUCAGCGAGGCCAGUGAAAUGGGCAACGAAGCAUCAAACGAUCCAGAAUCUCCCGAGCCUGUGGUCAAGUGCACCACUGGGCGCCGGACAAAGUUACCCGCCCCUAAACCCAGUACGGAGGAUUUGAGUCUAUGGAACUUGAUGAAACGCAAUAUAGGGAAAGACUUGUCCAAAGUCUCAAUGCCAGUCGUCCUCAACGAACCAAUAGGCAUGUUGCAACGACUUAGCGAAGAAUUAGAGUACAGCGAGUUGCUGGAUAAGGCUUCUGAAACGGAGGACCCUUACGAACGAAUGGUACUGAUUGCCGCCUUCGCCGUUUCGGCGUACGGGUCCUCGCACGUCCGCGCUGGUCAUAAGCCAUUUAAUCCCCUACUAGGCGAAACCUACGAAUGCGUACGAGAGGACAAGGGCUUCAAGUACAUUGGCGAACAGGUGAGUCAUCAUCCGCCCAUAAGCGCCUGCUACGCAUCUUCCGACAACUUUGAAUUCUGGCAGGAUAUCCGAAUCAAAACUAAAUUUUGGGGCAAAUCGAUGGAGUUUCAACCUCUGGGAACGGUCAAUGUUCGACUUCCUAUGCACGACGAUCAUUACCGUUGGAAUAAAGUGACGACUUGCGUUCACAAUUUAUUUGGCGGUCAGCGCUGGGUCGACCAGUACGGUGACCUCAUCAUCACCAACAACAAGGGCAUCCGCUGCAAGUUAAACUUUGCCAAAGCCUCGUAUUGGUCGUCGAAUCGAUACGAAGUUGUGGGCUCCGUCACUGAUCCCAAUGGCAAACUUGUCCACCAUUUGUUUGGAAAAUGGAGCGAAGGUUUAUACUGCGGAGUGGCGCCUUCGGCUCGAUGCGUCUGGAGACCUGGUGCCCUUCCAGAGGAUCACGAACACUAUUACGGCUUUUCCCGAUUUGCGAUUGAACUGAACGACCUUGAACCUUGCCUGGUGGACGUCCUACCGCCAACCGACAGCCGAUUCCGACCGGAUCAGCGUCUGCUGGAAGAGGGCAACGUUCCAGGAGCUGAAGCUUCCAAGUUGCAACUGGAGCAGGCGCAGCGUGAGCGGCGCAUCGCCAACGAGCAACGAGGUAUCAAGCACGAGCCCAGAUGGUUCAGAUGCACCACGUCUGACAUCGACGAGGCCGAGGGCGAGAAAUGGGAAUUCGCUCACAAUUACUGGGAUGCUAGAGCCCAGUCGAAAUUCCGGGACAUGAACAUUGUUCGUCUCUGGUAGUUUAUUUAAUUCGACAAAGUCAAAAAAGAAAACAAUCAGUAAAAACAAAAAGAAAUUAGGUUUCAAAGUGUGUCGCUUUUUUUUGUUUUCGUGAAAGAAACAAAACGGAGCCUCUUCCCCUCACCUAAAAAGAAAAAGAAAAAACUAGCUCCUGGUUUCACAGCCAACCUGGGCCUUUUUUUAUUCCUCCUCCCUGUUCGAGUUAAGAUGAUGAGCGAGAAGGAUAGAACUCGGUUAGCUCAUGUGGUUUGGACAGACUUUGGGAAAGUGUGAGGCUUGUCGGGAAUUGACAAAAAGACCCCUGCUGCUGCUGCUGCUAAUAAUAAUUUCGUUUCUGACAUAUUUUUUCUUUUCGUUUUCUCGAAAAACUGGUCAACGUAAUCAGUUGGAUUUUGAAUCCUCUACCCUUUCUCCGUCUAGCUUAAAAAUACCCACACACUUUUUUUAUUUCGUCCAUUUUUCACGCCUGCCACAUCCGUCUGUUUUUUUUUCUUUCUUUUUCAAUCAAAAAACCAAAAUCGUGCAAGCAUAUUCCAGCAACCCCCUUUUUGGGAAUUCGUUCACUGUCCUGCCGAGCUUUAGGACGUCGAGAGACCCGAUUUAUAUAAUUUAGGAGAACAAAAACCGACUGCCCUCAUUUUUCUUUCUUUAACUUCUUUUGUGUGUGUCAUUUAUAAAAUUGUUAUACUUUAAUUCGUCCUAAAGGAAACCGUCUGCCGGACACAGAUGGUUUAAGCAUUUAAAAUGCCUCUCCAAUUUUUCUACAAAUUGAAUUGAAAAAACGAAUGAUAACUAUCACACACACAAGACGAACAAAAUAUGAAUCAUUUGAAAAACAAAUGUCAUCUACCAAUCUACCCAAAAGGAAAAAAAUAACGUCCUGACUUAAUUUAUCCUUCUUAAUCCUGUCAUCGUCGGCUUCUCUUAUUAUUAUUUUUGUAUCGACGCAAAUCACAUUUCCCCUUUACUCGCUUUCGGUGAAGAGAACUUACGUAAAAACAAAAAAAUAAUCAAUGGGGAUGUCUUGUUUUUUUCCCAAGUUUUAUUUACACCCCCCAAAUUUAGUCUUUGUUUAAGUUUAGUUAUAAAAUAAUUCUGAAUGGUCUUUCACUUUUUUGGGGUCUGUCUUGAAACUGUUUCUCGGGUCUGCUAUAAGCCAGAUAAUCAAUCUUCUUUUUUUCUGUAUUUAUUCAGAUUAUUUUUCAGUUUUUGUUUUCUGUGGUCGAAAAAUUGGGAAGAAACACACCACACAAAAAUGUUGGUAGUUUUGCCCUCUGUUCCUCUUCCUUUCCCUCCCCUUUAAUCUUUAGAAUAUUAUAUACAUAUUACAUUAUAUCGUUUACCACACACAUCCCUUGUAUAGGAACCAGCAAAAAUUGAAUAAUAAAAAAAAAAAUAUGGAAAUGAUAAGGAGAAAAGAAAAAGAGGAUGUGGUGUGUUUCGAAAGUUCGUGUGUGUGUCUCGUAUCAGAAGAAAAUGUGUAAAGUCGAGCGGAUAAUAAAAAAUAAAAGAAUUCAAACUGCA